AUGAAUAUGCGCUUCAUGUUGUUAUUUGUUUAUUCAUUCAUAUUGAUUCCUAUUGGGUACUUGGAAGCCAUUGUUGAUUUUGAUCUUGGCCAUGAUAAUGUAACUGAUCAAAUUGAAUUUGAUGACCUUACAUUAACGCUGGUGGCUGACAUGGAAGAUGUGAUAGCUAAACAUGGGCCAAAUGAAGCAUCCAGUUCUAUGCACCAUAGUAGUAACUCACACUCAUCGCUCAACGAAGCAAUGAAAUUGCCAACGAUCAACAUUCCAACGUUCAAUGGGGAUAUUGAAAAUCGGUCUUCUUUCAUUGACUCUUUUAAUGCCCUAUUCUAUAACAAUUCAAGUUUAACUAAUGUCCAAAGGUUGCAUUAUUUCAAAUCAAGCGUUUCUCAUUCAGCUUCUGAAGUCAUAAAAGGAUUCUCAAUCACAUCGGAUAAUUAUCAAGCUGCUUACAAUGAAUUAGUCAAGCAAUAUGAGAAUAAUGCAUUGACCAUCCAACCUGUGGAGCACUGGGAUGCCUGGUUGACAACAAUUAUCUGUUGUCAUCUAGACCCUACUACAGCUGGUGAGUGGCAGUUAUUACAAACAAGUAAGGAGCUUCCAACAUUCAAGGACAUUGAAGCCUUCCUUUCCAAGCGCAUAGCUGCUUAUGAAGUGGGUUGCAUUUCAUCAAAAUCUGAUCAAAAACAAACCAGUGGAAGACAAACUAACUAUGUAAUCAAAAAACAUGAUGCCAAGGCAUUUUUUGCAAAAAAAUCUGAAGUUCAUUCUAAAAAGUGUGUGUUAUGUACAGCGCCACAUAGAGUUUAUGCCUGCAACCAAUUCAACCAACUGUCAGUGCCUGAGCGCAGGGAUGUUGUAUCUAAAUUCAAACUGUGUUUCAACUGUUUGAAUGUUGGACAUCAAGUUGAAACUUGUUAUUACCCUGGAUGUCCAAGGUGCGGAAAGAAGCAUAAUUCAAAACUUCAUGUUGACCCAAGCUCUAAUUCAGAACCCCAGAAUUCUACCCAAACUGAGAUGCAGAUAACCAGUCAAACUAAUGCAGUAUGCCAUGCAAUGACUAGUAAUAAACAUCUACCUAACACUAUGUCUACUGUAAUGCUUGCAACUGCUGCAGUUUAUGUUCAUGAUGCUGAUGGACAACCUCAACGGUGUAGAGCAAUUUUGGAUUCUGGAUCUCAACUCAACUUUAUAACAUCUGCUUGUGCUCAACGAUUACGUUUAAAGAGAACAAAUGUUUCAUUGGCAAUAUCUGGCGUUGGUACUAUGUCCUCUUCCACUAUACGUUUUAUGCCAUCCACUAUAUCAUCAUUUUGUCAAGAUUACCACUGUUCAGUUGAAUUUCAUUCAUUGCCAUCCAUAACUGAUAAACUUCCGUGUCAAGUGUUCGGACUUGAUCAAUUAAACAUACCUGAUAAUGUCAAAAAUAACCUAGCUGAUCCUCAACUUAAUGUACCAGGCGUUAUGGACAUAUUGUUUGGUGCUGAGGUUUUUUAUGAUAUUUUCUUGGGUGAACGUCUGCAGUUGUCGAAGCACAUUAGUAUGCGCAAUACAAAGCUUGGUUGGAUACUUGUUGGUAAAUUAUUUGAGAAGUCACUGGAAAAGUCAAAGGCUACAAUGCUAUCCACAACAUCUGCACUAAGUCUAUUUACUUCAAGUACCAAUGCUGAAUUCAUCGAAGAAGCUCAAGCUGAAGAGCACUUUUCAUCAACUGUCAAACGUUAUGAAUGUGGACAUUUUGUUGUAAGGUUACCAGUCAAUGAUAAGCUCAAUUUACUUGGUGAUUUUUGGCCAAUGGCAGAAAAGAGAUUUUAUAAUUUAGAAAGAAGAUUUGGCAAAGAUGAACAAUUGGCCAAACAAUAUAACAUAUUCAUUUCUGAGUACUUAAAGUUGAACCAUAUGGAACUGGCAACCACUACAGCAACUGGACUAAAGUAUUAUCUACCACAUCAUCCAGUGUUCAAGGCCAAUAGCACAACUACAAGGCUUCGGGUAGUAUUUGAUGGAUCUUCAAGUACUAAGUCUGGCAUAUCACUUAAUGACAUUCUUUUAAAAGGACCAAAAGUACAGUCUGAUAUAUUCCAUAUCCUUCUGCGAUUUCGCAUUCACCAGGUAGCUAUUACAGCGGAUGUUGAAAAAAUGUACCGUCAAGUGGUAGUGGCACCGGAAGACAGGGACCUCCAGCGAAUUCUCUAUCGGAAAAGUCCUACUGAGAAGUUACAAGAAUACAGACUAUGUAAUGUAACGUAUGGAACGAAAACAGCCUCGUAUCUGGCUACUCGUUGCCUAGCUGAGAUAGGAAAAUGCACAGACGAUCCUAAAUUAAAUCGAGUAAUCACUCAAGACUUUUAUGUUGAUGAUCUCCUGAGUGGCGGGGCAUCUGAGGACGAAUCUGGAUUUUCACUUCGUAAAUGGUGCUCCAAUUCAGUCAAUCUUAUCAGCCAAAUACCCGCAGCAUGCAAUGACCCAACUUUUGUAUUAAAACUCAAUGAAAAAGACACGAUUACAGCUUUAGGCCUUACGUGGCAGCCUAUUACUGAUCAAUUUCGUUUUACGUUCAAGCAUUGGUCACCACCGCCAAACAUGACAAAACGUAUAUUGUUAUCUGACAUCAACUCAGUCUAUGACCCCAUUGGCCUUAUAUCACCUGUACUCAUCCUUGGAAAAAUUUUCAUUUAA